GGUCACCGACUUCCCCUGCCGGCUCGAGCUUACCGCUGUCAUGGCGAAGAAUCAUCGUUUCAAAUUCAGGCAGGGAAACAGGUGAAACACGCGAGGAAAAGAAAGAGAGUGGGAGGGAAAAAAUAAAUUGAUUUAAUAAGUUUUGUUUAUUUUGAGGAGUGGAAGCUGUGUGCCGAGUUGGAGAGUCGUCGCCAGCUCUGUCGACGUUUUAAACCUUCUUGAACCACUUCGCAGCUCUCUUAUCAAAUCAUUUUAAAACUGAGGGAGGGAAUAAAAAGUUUUUAAACUUCUGAGCUGGUGCUUCAAGCCUUCUGUCAGCAACAUGUCCGAGUCCAAUGUGAAAGUGGCCGUGAGGAUUCGUCCCCUCAACAGAAGAGAAAUUGAUUUGAACACAAAAUGCAUUAUAGAUGUUGAAGGAAAUCAGACCAUUCUAAGUCCAGCUAAUGCCAAUCUCAGUAAAGGAGAUGCCAGGAGCCAGCCAAAGGUUUUUGCAUAUGAUCACUGCUUUUGGUCAAUGGACGAGUCCAUUAAGGAGAAGUAUGCAGGUCAAGACAUAGUGUUCAAGUGUCUUGGUGAAAGUUUGCUGCAAAAUGCAUUCCAAGGAUACAAUGCUUGUAUAUUUGCUUAUGGGCAGACUGGCUCAGGGAAAUCGUACACAAUGAUGGGUUCAAAAGACAAGCCGGGUUUGAUUCCCCGAUUAUGCAGCAAACUGUUCGAGCGAGCAUUGCAAGAGGCUAAUGAGGAACAAAGCUUCACUGUUGAAGUGUCAUACAUGGAAAUAUACAAUGAAAAGGUCCGGGACCUCCUUGAUCCAAAAGGGAGUCGACACACUUUGAAGGUGAGGGAACACAAAGUUUUAGGUCCGUAUGUGGAUGGUCUAUCCAAACUGGCUGUGACAAGUUACAAGGAUAUUGAGUCUUUGAUGUCAGAAGGGAAUAAGUCUCGAACAGUCGCUGCAACGAACAUGAAUGAAGAGAGUAGCCGUUCCCAUGCAGUAUUCAACAUUAUACUUACACACACACUGUAUGAUCUCCAAUCUGGGACUUCAGGUGAGAAGGUGAGUAAACUGAGCCUUGUGGACCUGGCAGGUAGUGAGAGGGCAGCAAAGUCUGGAGCUGCUGGAGAUCGAUUAAAGGAAGGAAGCAACAUUAACAAGUCUUUAACAACACUAGGCCUAGUAAUUUCUGCUUUGGCAGAUCAGGCUGCUGGUAAAAACAAGAACAAGUUUGUUCCCUACAGAGAUUCUGUACUGACUUGGCUACUCAAGGAUAGUCUUGGUGGAAAUAGCAAAACAGCAAUGAUCGCAACAGUGAGCCCAGCAGCAGACAAUUAUGAUGAAACCUUGUCAACGCUGAGGUAUGCUGACAGAGCCAAAAACAUAAUUAAUCAUGCUGUGGUGAAUGAGGAUCCCAAUGCCAGAAUCAUCCGCGAACUCCGCGAGGAAGUAGAUAAACUGCGGGAACAGCUCUCCAGAGCAGAGGCAAUGAAAGCCCCAGAGCUGAAGGAUCGUUUGGAAGAAUCUGAAAAACUAAUUCAGGAAAUGACUGUUACAUGGGAAGAAAAGCUGAGGAAGACUGAAGCUAUUGCACAGGACCGCCAGAAGCAAUUGGAAAGGCUUGGUAUUUCUCUCCAGUCCUCGGGUAUCAAAGUUGGAGAUGACAAGUGUUUCUUAGUGAAUCUGAAUGCGGAUCCAGCCUUGAAUGAGCUGCUUGUUUACUACUUAAAGAACCACACUCUAGUUGGCUCUGAUGAUUCCCAGGAUAUCCAACUGUGUGGCAUGGGAAUACUUCCUGAACACUGUAUCAUUGAUAUUUCUCCAGAAAGACGAGUCAUUCUCACACCAAUGCAAAACUCCAGAACAUUUGUGAAUGGCUCCCUGCUGACCAACCCUGUGCAGCUUCACCACGGUGAUCGUAUCCUUUGGGGAAAUAACCAUUUCUUCAGAAUUAAUUUGCCAAAAGCCAAGCAGAAAAAAGCGCAGGAAGAGGACGGACAGGAGAGUCCCAUGAAGCAAAGUUCCAGUAGUGAGCAACUGGAUGGAGAUGGGGACAGUGCCAGUGAGGGCUCCAGUGAAAGCAAUUACAGCUAUGAGUUUGCACAGAUGGAGGUCACUAUGAAGGCUCUUGGCAACAAUGAUGCGAUGCAGGCGGUUUUGCAGAGGUUGGAACGCCAGCAUGAGGAGGAGAAGCGCUCUGCACUUGAGCAACAGCGCCUAAUGUAUGAGCGGGAACUGGAGCAGUUGCGUAGACGUUUGUCUCCAGAGAAACAUUAUCGUAGUAUGGAGCGCCUUUCAUUCGGCUCCCCCAGUACUCAACAGCGACUUCGUCAGUGGACAGAAGAGAGAGAAGCAAUGCUCAACCUCAGUCUUAUGAAGUUGCAAGAGCAGAUUGCCAAGGCAAAUCAUUAUGUGCAUGAAGCAAAUUACAUAGCUGAAGAGAUGGAGAAGAAGACAGAGUAUCAAGUUACUCUGCAGAUUCCAGCAUCCAGCCUAGAUGCUAAUCGAAAGCGUGACUCCAUUCUCAGUGAACCAGCCAUCCAGGUACGAAGGAAAGGUAAAGGCAAACAGAUCUGGUCACUGGAGAAACUAGAAAACCGAUUAAUUGAUAUGCGUGAACUUUACCAGGAAUGGAAAGACUGUGAUGAGGACAAUCCUAUGAUGAGAUCCUAUUUCAAGCGAGCUGACCCGUUCUUUGAUGAACAAGAAAAUCAUAGUCUUAUUGGGGUUGCAAAUGUAUUUUUGGAGUUGCUCUUUUACGAUGUUAAAUUGCAGUAUGCAGUACCCAUCAUUAACCAGAAGGGAGAGGUGGCAGGACGCCUGCAUGUGGAAGUGGUGCGAACAAGUGGGGAUCUUAGUGAUCGAAUUGCUGGUGGGGACGACACUUUGGACAGUCCGAACGAAAGUGACGUGCAGGAGAGAGAAACAGUGCGCAAAAUAGUCUGCAGAAUAAAAAUUCUUCAAGCUACAGGGUUGCCUCGACACCUAUCAAACUUUGUUUUCUGCCAAUACACCUUCUGGGAUCAGACUGAACCGAUCAUUGUUGCACCGGAGGUAGAUCCUUCCUCCUUAACACCAGCUGGCAGGGAUCCAGAAUGCAUGGUUGUUUUUGACCACUGUAAGGAAUUCUCACUCAACCUUUCCGAAGAUCUGUUGGAAUAUCUCUCCGAAGGAGCACUGGCAUUUCAAGUUUAUGGUCAUAAAUCACGUGACUCUAGGAAAAACCCUUCCAUAUGGGACCUGGGAAUAAUACAAGCCAAAACUCGAUCACUGCGGGAUAGGUGGAGCGAAGUGAUGCGAAAGGUAGAGCUCUGGAUCCAAAUCUUGGAACUGAAUGAGAAUGGCGAGUAUGUUCCUGUGGAGGUGACCUUCUCAAAAGAUGUUUCCACCGGUGGCAUCUUUCAGCUACGGCAGGGUCAGUCUCGACGUAUUCAAGUUGAAGUGAGGUCAGUCCAAGAUUCCGGGACGUUGCCUCUAAUUGCUGAAGCAGUUAUAUCUAUUGCUGUGGGAUGUGUCAGAACCCGACCUGCUAGAAACCAGAAAUAUCAAGAUUCCCACUUGGAAGAGGAGGAUGACAUGGACAGUUACCAGGAGAGGGAUUUGGAGAAGCUACGUCGGAAAUGGCUAGGUGCAUUGACCAAGAGGCAGGAAUACCUUGACAAGCAGCUCCAGAAACUUGCUAGCAAAUCCAAUAAAUCUGAAGAUGAUGCAGACCGUGAGGCGCAGUUGCUGGAACGAAGACUGACUCUAACUGAAGAGAGGAAUGCUGUCAUGGUCCCGUCAGCUGGGAGUGGAAUUCCAGGAUCCCCAGCAAAAUGGUCCCAGGCUUCCUGCCUGUCUCAGCAGUGGCCACUACCCUUGAAGAAAGCUGCCUUCCUUAAUAGGACAGCAGCCGCUGUAUUUGCACUCUGCAAAACAUCUCCAGCAUUUGCAGUACUUUACUUUCAUUACCUAUUCAAAGGCUGUUGGCUUGCUUUCUUCCAAAGUAAUGAACUGUUCGUUUUGCAUUGUGGAACUGCCGAAUUCUCUUUCUGUUGUUUUGUCUGGUUUUGUCCUUGUCCUGAUUGUGUGUUGUGUUGUAUCUUUUCUGCUGUGUUUUGUGAACAGGAAGUUGCAGUAAAAGAACAAUUAAAUACAAAGCGUAAAUUGACCAGAAGGUGCAUCAGCUCUCCAAAUGUCAACCGGUUAUCUGGAAGCCGUCAUGACCUCAAUGCAAGAUCAAGCCUUGAACGCAACAAGAGUCGAUGGGAGAGUCAGCAGGACAUUUCGACAGCUGCACUGCAGUCAAACAAGAAGACUCCUCCGUACCAUUCCCCGGUGUCCAGGCGUUCUAUGCCACAAGCUGCAGUCUCCUUUUCAACACUAGCCGCCUCUUACUUGAAUCCAGUGAAGGCCUUUGUACCUCAAAUGCCCAAACUUCUCAAAUCACUUUUCCCUGUACGGGAUGAAGAAAAGAGAAGAUCUGUCCCUGCACCAAAUCAACAGUCUGUUCCUCGAAUUGUGGUGCAGUCAGCUAAACUUGAAGAUACUGUUGAACAGAAUAAAGUCGCUCAACAAGAGAAAGCCCCUUCUGCUCCAGUGACCAUGACAAAACCCACCCAUCCCAUAGUGAUGGGCUCAGGCAUUCCAAAUGCUCCAUCGAAGAUGGAGUCUAUGGAUACAGCUGGCCAUGAAUCUCAAGGAGACCCUCAGAGUCCUUCAAGUGAAGCUUCAAGUGGGUAUUUCUCCCACAGCAUUUCUACAGCUACCCUUUCGGAAACAGCAAUGGUGUCAAGUGGAGACAUUGGCACACCUCCACUAAGUUGGGACACUUCUGCCCAGUUACAAAGUCAAAGGACAUCGAGCAGUGAGGGUUCAGCCAAACUGAAUGCCGAUAUGAAAUCUGGUUCCUGCUUUGCUGGACAUGUGGUUAAUGGAUCUCUGGACAUGCAGCAUCAAAUCAAUCAAGUAAAAAAUGGUGCUCCGCAGAUGUCCAGCAAAGGUCAAUUCCAACUGCAAUGCCCAAGCAAGGAUAUGGGAAAGGAUUGUGGAAGAGUUCAGAAUCGAUCAGCAAAUGCUGAGGUAACAGCAGAGCCUGCACAUGAGACAGUGGUAGCAGAGGCCAUGGAAAUAUCUGCAUCAGUUGACACUAAAAACAGCUUCUCUAACUCUCAGACAACCAAAACACCAGUGGACAAAACAGUCGGCCCUGAUGUGACCAACCAGAAAGUUGCCCUGCAUUCCCUCCAAAUUGAUGAGCUGGAGGACUUGUUGCUGGCACAGAAGUCCACCUCAGCACUAACUGUCUCCAAGUCUGAGCCAAAAUCCGAUGCAACUCCGUCCAUAACCUCGGCAUCUAACCCUUUCAAAAUACAAAAGGUGAGGACUUCCGAGUUGAAGUCAUUCACGGGCAUCUUGGGGGAUGAAAAUGCUUGGCAAGAUUCUGAAGAUAUCCUUGAAGAUAAAAAAGAGCAGUGGUCAACAGAGGAAUGGGGGUCUGGGGUCUCCGGUCUGGCUGCAGGUUACAUACCAGAGCCAAGUGACAAUUUUGAGAGAUCUGUGACUGCAGAUACAAGAUAUGAUGAAGAUCUUGAGUUAUCAAGUGAAAAACUUGAAAUUAUUUCAGAUUCUGAGGAAGCUGUUGACAUUGUUCCUGAGUGGCUAAAAGAAGGGGAAUACGUCUCAAUUGGUACAAACAAGACUGGUACAGUCAGGUAUAUAGGACCCACAGAAUUUGCUGAUGGAAUUUGGAUUGGAAUUGAGCUGAGUGUACCGGCAGGAAAGAACGACGGUUCAGUUUGUGGAAAGCAGUAUUUCCGAUGUAAUCCAGGCUACGGAGUGUUAGUCAGGCCAAACAGAGUUGCAAAAGCCACUGGUUCAGCGAAACGGCGCAGCACCGGCCUCCGGACACAGCUGGCUGCAAAUUCAGAGAAUCGGAGGAGCGGGAACUUUUCCAAGUCUAACCCAAACUUGUCAGCUCUCACUGCAAUGGCCAAAUCUGAAGGAGGAAUGGGACUCCGAUCAGGUGACAGGACUCCAAGAAAGAGUGAGUAUAGGAAAUCCUGGUCUGCUGAACAAAAACCUUCGUGAGAAAUCAGCCAGUGCAUGGUUAUGUUUAGACCUAACUGGUAAGGCUUUGGAACUGGACAUCCAUGGCAAACUCCUUUUAACCUGAACCCAGUGGUGCCUUUCCUCAAUAACCUCUGUCCCAAGGAGACCCAUUCACUACCCUACCCUGGAACACUCUCACUUAAUGUUCUUCUUUCUACCUGCCAUGUUCACUUAUCUUCCAGCUGUAACAUCAUUUCAUUUUCUUGCUUCAAUUUAGUCGAUUGUCAAACCGUGCCUGAAUGGCUUAUGAAUUACUGAAUGUAUGCUGUAAAAAUAUUUAUGAUUCACAUAAGCUUUUGUAUUGUCAAAGUUUGACUUCACAUUUCUAUUGUGCUGAGCUGCCUGCAGUCGUCCUCGUUGGGUGAUGAAAGUGUCCAUGCACCACCGCCACCUGCACCUGUGACAUUGGUCACUGAAUUGUUUUAUUCCAGUACUUUGUUUUCGCCUUGAAUCAGGUCUGAUUUUAGUUCUGGGGGAUUUUGAGCAGAGCAGAGGGUUUCAAAGUCUUUGCUGAGAGGUCUGUGCCAAGUUGAGGUUGUGGUCCCAUUCCUUUCCUACUGUUAGGCCUCAACAGUUCGCUGAUAUGUGGGCCACAGGAAAAGGGUGGGAGAACACAGCAGUUCCGGGAAGGUGCAGUUUGCCACCAGCAUGCUUCCACUGGUGGAAGCUCCUUCUAUUGGGACCCGGGAAUCUGUGUUUUUUAACCAGUAAUGGUGGAAAUUUAAGUUCUUUCCCUAUGCAAUGCAAAGCAAUGUAUUUUAACUGGUCUGCUGGGAUUGUGAGAAAUAUUUUGAAGUAUUCAGGGACUUAAAUGAAGAGGGUUCCAAAUAGUUGGGAAAGAUGGGAUUUUCAACCACUUGACUGUAUUAAACCUCAGAAUCAUGUUUGUACAUUUGGCAGUACCAAUUAGAACAGCAUUGUUGAUCAAUGAAACCAGAUUUCUGAAAGUUCUGUUUCAUCAGACCAUUUCUACUGUGAUGAUUUUAAAAAUGCAUUACAUGAACUAUGCAGGUGUUGGUGUAAUUAACUUUACAAGUUUUUUUGUAAAGCAGGGUAGUAAUUCUAUUGGGUCUUUUACAGGAACAGAAACUCCCUGAUUUACUGAAAAUUCUUAACAAAUUUGUAAUUGGCCACAAUGUUGGGGCAGGCAUUACCGCUGUAGAAGCAAUGAAAGAACCUUAAUUUUAUGUAAUCUAACAUUUCAAAGUUUCUUGAUGUAUUCUCGAUGAUCAAAUAAUACUUUUGAAUAAGCAUUGCAUUGGGUACACAAUAUUGAGAAGAAACCCAAAAAGAGGAGAGACUUGAUUAAUGGGUCAAGAAUUGAAACAUUGUCAGAACUGGAAGCGGAUAAGUGAACAUCUUUGUGGAACCGAAGAAAGGGAACGAGAACCAACCAGUCAUAAUUAAGCCAGGAAGUUCACCACCGUUUAAUAUCUACAACGGACAUUGCACCAUCUCUGGCUAGUGUUUUCUACCUGAAAUUACAACUUGUUCCUAAUUAGAAUGCUGUUGUGCCUGCUGCGUCCGGUCAGUUCUGCUAUAACGCGGGCUGCUUUAACCGAUUGAAGAACUUAGACCGCGAACUUUCCUUACUUGUAUUGGCUAUAAUGCGAUUCCGGCUCCGUUGGUUUAAACAGCGCAGCUACUGCGCGAUUUUUUUUUAUAAAGCGAGAUCGCACGAGGACGCAGCUAUCACGUUAUAUCAGAACAGACUGUAUUUCCAAUUCAUCUUGUCUUGUAAUUUCAUCAGUUGUUUUCUCGGUUGUGAUGUUUAGGUUUACAUCUUGAACUCUUGGGCAGCAGUUGCCCGAUGUAGCAAACAGGUUCUCCAAAUGUGGCAUACUGAUGGACAGCUCCUGCUUUACUGACCAGCAAUCAGAAUUCUUGGUAUCUGCCAUAGCUCUGAAAUGUGCCUUGUUCUUUACCUGAUUAUUUUGGAUUUGGGUUGCCAAUGCAUGAGCUCAACUGCAAAACAAUCUUAAAUGCUUAGGCUCCUUUAAGUUGAUGGGGAGCAGGAACGUUGUCAGUAGGUCAGCAGCAAAUACUGUCAAUUUGAGCAAGGAGGAAUAGUAAACCAUUUUGCUUCAUUUCUUCUUGAUCAUCAUGGUGAAUCUGGGUGCAAGUCUUACGAGAUUUCGACAAGAUAAGGUAGAUAAUGCACAGGCUAUGAAAUAUGGAUUGUGUGGUCUUUCUCCAGUUUCAUACCUUUGCCUUGUGAAUUACACACGGACAUUGAUGUGUGAUGUGUUUUCCUGUGUUUUACUAUUUUACUGAAUUAUUGAGCACCUCUUAGUCUGUGUUGGAAUAUUGUAAGCACUACUUGAAUGACUUAAAUUGGCUGAAUUGUUGAACUUGAUAAAUGGUUUUGCUGCUAGAGUUCAAAGGUAAAUCUGAUUAUUGUAUUUUUGAUAUCUUUUUGAGAGAGGGCAAGAAGUAUGAUUUGGUAAUAUGUUGGGAAUCUAAAAUCAAGUGCUGGAGGAACUUGACAGCAUUUGUGGAGAGAGAUUUAAUGUUUCAAGUUGAGUAUGAUUUAUUUAUGAUUUGGCCUAGGUGGUCUGAUUUCUUUCUUUUUAAACUUAAUUUCUGUAGGGAACUCAUUUGCCAAUUUUGACUCUGUAAACACCAUAGAAGUUAUUCUCGAAGUAAUUUGCAGGUGGUAGAACUUGGGAGACCUGAAUUCUGUAACUAUGUAUCCUGUUCUUAUCUGUAACCUAAUCAGUCCCCUCUUAUUUCCUAGCACCAGUCGGAUUAAAUUUAGCUGAGCAGCUUCUGAAGAGAGUGGGGACCGAAUCUUCAUGUAGCUUGUGUUUAAAAUUUGUCCAUUGGGUUUUUAUAACAAAGCACACCCACAUACACCUGUAACAAGGGCAAAUUGUUUGGAUACUUCCACCCUGUUGGUGAGAGCAUGGAAGUACUGGGAACCAAUUUGCAACAGAUUACACCUUGGUGCAGUGGUAGUGUCACUACCUCUGAGCCAGAUGAUCAGGGUUAAAGUCCCAGCCACCCCCAGAGGUAUGUCAAAUCAUAUCCAAACAGGUUGAUUAAAAAUAUUUACACACCUUGUCUAGUUCUUUUGGUUCACAAAGUGCUGGUAAUCGCUGCGAAUGUAGUUAUAAAACAACUGCUCUGUAUGCCAAUUUCCCUUGUAACGGGCUCUUUACCUUGCAUGGAAAGGGAAAGGAAAUGGUACAGAUCUGUAUGAGUUUAGGCAUCCACUGGUAAAUUUUCUAGCCGGCUCUUUCCCUGAAUACAAAUUGCACUAAAUUAAUAUGUACUAUUUUAACACAGGAUUCAACUUGUUAGAGCAUUUUUCUUUUAAAGAGCAUGUAGAAGAUUCUGCCAUUUUAAUUGUUUGUAAGAGUGACAGGCAGAUUAAUACACUUCCUGGUUUUCAAGUUGGCUCAGUGGAGGUUGCGUAUUACUCCAUGUAGCCAUUUGGUUUGUUGGAUGUUUAUGCAAAGUUUCCAUUUUCUCCAGAACUACUACUGGUCUGCUGCAGCCACCUGUAGCAUAUCAUGUGAAGCUUUGAGUAAAGUUUUUGGACUGGUUUUCAAAUUUUAAUCACUAAAUUAGCAAUUUAACACACAUCUGAUGUAUAUGUUUAUCAAAUGUGCGUUCAAAUCUAACAACUUUUAUGUUAAUUUUUGAAGAUUUUGUAUUUUUUAUUUAUACAUAUUUAGUCCAUUUCCUUUAAAUCAAAUCCAGAUUGAAAUGUCUUAUGGACGUUAAUUAGGCUUGUCAAUUACUCUAUGUAUUGGUGUAUGGGCAGUAUGUUGAGGUCUUGAUAUAUCAAGACUCUAUGUAAUGGACUUCUUGUAGCAGAGGAGCAAAGCCUCCUAGCAAUGUUCAAUCGGGGUUCAAAAAAUAUUAAACGAGCUAUAAUUGUC